UGAACAAAAAAAAAAGGUUGACAAUACGUUAUUUUCUAUAUAAACUUCCCCCCUCCUUCCAAAAUUCUUCACCAAACAAAAGAAAUCACUUCAUCAAAAAAAAAAAAUGGAAGGUUACAACAAGAAAGUGUUUAUUGUAAUCGGUUUUGUAUUGGCCACAUUUAUGAUGGUAGCAAAAGCUAAUGUUGAUCAAGUUUCACCAGGCCACAUUAUUUGUCAAAUGACUCAACAAGGCUUUGAAGCAUGUCUCCCCUCAGUUACCAAGACUAAUCAUGUCCCUCCUUCUAAGCCUUGUUGCUCGGCCGUCUCCAAGGCCAACUUUCGUUGCCUUUGCAAGCACCGAGACUCGCCGCUGCUCGCCGCCUACGGCGUCUCCCCUGCCUUGGCCAUGGCCCUCCCCUCUAAAUGCAAUGUCAAAACCUCUUUCAAGUGUCCUGCUUAAUGGCCUCAUGGCAUGUUUAAGGUGACACUAUAUCAUGAUUAGUGUAUUAAUUAUCUAUAUAGGUGUACACUCUAAUGUAGAAUAUGAAUAAAUCCAUGUAGACCAUGAUGUAGUUGGAUAUGGAAUAUAAAUGAUAUAAAUAAUAAUAACGAAAUAAUUACUUAUCAAUAUUUCGAGUGUUUAUUAAUAAGUACGGGAUUAUCUUUGUUUUUAGCCCAAUAUUGAAAAUGAAUAUGAAAUUUUUUCCUAUCUUUUAAGAAAAUUAGAAAAAGUAGCUCCUAACAUUUAAAGCGAAUAUUAUACAACUUUGAACUUUGAUACCAAAAGACUCAAAAUACCCCUCAAAAAAAAAAAAAAAGACUCAAAAU